AUCAAAAGGCAAGAUUUGAACAAAAACACUUCUAUCUAUCAACUCAUACAGAUGCGUUUGCUCUCCAUCCUAGAUACUUUUUCUGCAUAAAUAAUGUAUUACAAGAAGAAAAAGAAAUUAAAUAAAAGAAGAAGAAUUUUGACUUUUGAAGAGCGUUGUAUUAAAGGCGAGGAUAUUUUAAUUGUGUCUUUAUAUAUGUAUAUUUUUGGUUUUGCGUUGAAGUUUUGUGGCAACGUUUUAAUAUCUGUAAAUUUUUUGACUGAAGAGUAAAUACGAACGUCAAAUAGAUCAAAUAAGGUUAAUUGAAAGCUUCUUGUUAAUGUUUUUGUUGUUGUAUUCGCGCUGAUUGGGUCAUUUUAUAUUAAAGCGUAUUUUACUGAUGAAAUUUAAAGUGUGCAAAAAGAAAGAACAUAUUGAGAGAUAGCGAUCAUUCGCGUCAUAAAGCCAGCAAAAGACAUUUGUAUUUAGUAUAUACCCACAAAUUCAUUCGCUGUGAGAUGCUUUAAUAUUACCAAUUCUAUAAAAUUGAAUCAUCUACACAGAAACUUAGUGAAAAAGAAAUUACAAAUCAUGGGUCAAAAUCAUCCGAAACUCGCACCCACACAAAUCGAAGAUUUAACGAAACGAACAGUGUUCACACGUGAAGAGUUGAAAUUGUUGUUUGAGAAGUUCAUUACAGAUUAUCCCACAGGGUAUAUGACCAAGGAGCAAUUCACAAAAGUAUAUCGCGACUAUUACAAAAAAGGCGACUGCAAUACAUUCUCCGAGCACGUGUUUAGAGUCUUCGAUGUUAAUCACGAUAACCGAAUAGAUUUUCGAGAGUUCAUUUGCUCGCUAUCCCUCACCACUCGCGGAAGCAUCGAGGAGAAAUUGCAUUGGGCCUUUAAUAUGUAUGACGUCAACGGGGAUGGGCGUGUGUCGAUUGCAGAGGUUGGAAACAUCGUAAAUAGUGUACAAGCCUUAGUCAACGCUAAAGAUAAGAACUUAAACAGCGACAAAAUAGAGCAGAUAUUUCAUUUUUACGAUAAUAAUCAAGAUGGUACCUUAACAGUGGAUGAAUUUAUAAGAGGUUCAAAAUCAAAUCCAAUGUUUAUGAGAUUAUUAACCGACUAUAUACAGUAAUAGAAACGUUGUUUUCACUAUAAUUCUCUACACAGUUAGGGUUAGGGUGGGGGGUGGGGGGAAGGGGUUAUACUUAAAACGCUUUGCCAUUAAUAUUUUUUUUUUUGGUAAAAUUUCUUUGGGAAAAGAGUAGCGAGUCAUUCUUACAUUUUAAUUUUAUUUCUAAAAUAUUUCUAGUUUUUUCGUGAUGAGCAAAGUGUCAGUAAGGUAUAAUUCCUGAAUAAAAUGCAAUUAUAAAUACUGAUGCUGCUGAUAUAUUUAAUGCAUCAGCUCUUAUCAUCGAAGACGAAAUACGUUGUGAACAGUUGACUGUCACCAAGAGAAAUGUUUAAAAAACAUUCGUAUGACUUUAACAAAGAUGAUUUACAUAGAA